AUAUAUAUUUGGUGAGAAGGCAGAGACCCUCCAAUCACCACUCAUUUCCAUCAACAAGAAACCAAGCAAGAAUCCAAAAACUCACACUCUCACAUCACAAUGCUCUCUUCCACAUUCCCCUCCUUCUCCUUCUUCCUUCACUUCUCCAUGGCCAAGAAGAAUCUACCUGAAUAAUCCCACACAGAUUCCAAAACAAACACACACAUACACCCUUUUCACAUCACUCUUCAUUGCUUAAUUAAAUAACUAACUAACAUGAAUCCCUCUUGUCGCUUCUCUUCAACUAAACACACCUCCUUCCUUCACAACUCUCACACCCACCUCUCCAAAACCACUUCCCCUUAUGUCUUCCUCGGACACUCUCACUCUCAGAAACCUUUUCUCUUAUCACCACCAAUAACAACAAAGCCUUAUCCUUUUAAUAACAUUCUCAGGUUCAGAAACAUCAAACUCUCUUACCCUUUCGCAACGCUUUCAUCUUUCGCUGAGGGAGAACAACAAGAGAAUCAGGAGGGAACAGAAACACCACCGAGCAACGAUGAAUUGGGAGGAAUUGCGAAGGCCUUCAACAUAUCGUCUCGAACGGCUUCUGCCAUAUCGAUAUGCAUGGCAUUGGCGGUGUUGACUUUUCCGUUGUUCAUGACUUCUUUGGGGCAGGGCAUGGUUCUGAAGACGAAGGUGCUGUCGUACGCGACGUUGCUGUUCGGGUUCUACAUGGCGUGGAACAUCGGCGCCAACGACGUGGCGAAUGCGAUGGGGACGUCGGUGGGAUCCGGCGCCCUCACGCUCCGGCAGGCGGUGCUGACGGCGGCGGUGCUCGAGUUCUCCGGGGCGCUGAUGAUGGGAACGCACGUGACCAGCACGAUGCAGAAGGGGAUUCUCGUCGCGAACGUGUUCAAUGGGAAGGAUUCUUUGCUCUUCGCCGGGUUGCUCUCUUCUCUCGCCGCUGCUGGCACUUGGUUACAGUUUGCAUCAUAUUAUGGUUGGCCAGUAUCUACUACACAUUGUAUAGUGGGAGCAAUGGUGGGGUUUGGCCUAGCUUAUGGAGGUGCCGGAGCUGUUUUCUGGGGUUCACUGGCCAGGGUGAUCUCUUCGUGGGUUGUCUCACCACUAAUGGGAGCUGCUGUGUCUUUUCUUGUCUAUAAAUGCAUUCGAAGGUUUGUAUACAGUGCACCUAACCCCGGUCUAGCAGCAGCUGCAGCGGCACCAAUUGCUGUAUUUCUGGGUGUAACGGGGAUUUCAUUUGUUGCAUUUCCUCUUAGCAAGAGUUUCCCUUUUGCUCUGGUCCAAGCUUUAGCCUCUGGAACUGUUGGUGCUUUUCUGGUAGACAGAAUCAUCAGAAAACAGCUUGGACAUCUUCUUGUCAAGUCAAGUACUCCAGAGCCUGAGCCAAAAGAAGACACUGUCCACCACCACAAUAUCGGAUUCCUCGACGAUGUUGCAGGCCCGAAGGGUGCUCAACUGGAAAUAGUUUAUGGAGUCUUUGGUUACAUGCAGGUCCUCUCAGCAUGUUUCAUGUCAUUUGCUCAUGGUGGAAACGAUGUCUCCAACGCUAUAGGUCCAUUGGCGGGUGCACUAGCUAUUCUUCAAGGCAGUACCAUGGGAACUGAGAUUAUUAUUCCAACUGAUGUCCUUGCUUGGGGAGGAUUUGGAAUCGUUGCAGGGCUUAUGAUGUGGGGUUAUAGAGUGAUAGCUACAAUAGGAAAGAAGAUAACAGAACUUACACCAACAAGAGGAUUUGCAGCUGAGUUUGCUGCUGCCUCUGUUGUUCUGUUUGCCUCAAAGCUGGGGCUACCCAUCUCAGCAACCCAUACUCUAGUAGGUGCAGUAAUGGGAGUUGGAUUUGCAAGGGGAUUUAACAGUGUUAGAUCAGAAACUGUGAAGGAGAUUGUGGCUUCAUGGGUAGUCACUAUUCCAGUUGGUGCUUCUCUAUCAGUUCUCUACACUUGGAUCUUGACUAAGAUUUUGUCUUAUAUUUUAUGAGGGUGCAUUCCUAGAUAUGAAAAGCUUAUGUAUGUGAUUAAUUCAAGUUACUAGCAACAUCUUUCAAAGGAUUGUUUUGAGGAACAAAUUGGACAAGAGGGGUGGGGCAGCACAGGUAUCUUAACUCAGUUGGCAAGGGAUGAAUCUUUUAUGUUCGGAUGUCAAGCCUGUGAUUGCUCAUGUUCAUUUAUUCUCGGAUGGAAACUUAAUAAGCGAGGAAAUGAGUGGAGAAUUUUUCGGCUGCAGCAUUUUUAGACAUUUUACUAUCUAGCCAAGUUAGAAAAAACAACUUAGCAAUCCUUGUUAUGUUUAAAAGGUUACAGAUUCAGCGAUAUUAUUGGUAAAAACCCAACGUUUGUACUUAUUAACAGAUUCAUUUAACCUUUUUGCCCCAAAUUAAUAUCCACUUGUUGAAACAUUCUUCUAUAUAGAGCUGUGAGAUUCAAGGUUUCUUAA